AAAGUUAUUACUGCAGGCCGCCAUUUUAAUUCUCCCGUCUCCGUUCUCUAUUCUUGCCGUCAUAUGGCGUAUUAGUGUGUUCAAGCCGCCAUAUUAAAUGAAAUCAAUAAAAUAAGGCAAAAUGUCGCCCUACUAAAAUAAUCCAUUAACAUCUAGUUUUUGUGUAAUUAAAACAUCAAGAGGAUCACAAUGGAGAAUUCCUACGGUGUGGGGGUCGUGAAUAGAUACGCUCUUUUCUUGGACGAUGAGUCCGAUCCUCUUGAUGCGAUAAAGGCUCGCGAGCAAGCAAAAGAGCUCAAAAAAAAGACCAAAGACGCCGAAAAGGAGAACAAGGGUAAACUUGAGGUCAAACCGAAAGGCCCUAGUGUCGUCGUGAGGAAGGGAAUCAAGGAAACUCAAAAUGUGAAGUCCCAAGAAAAUAAAACUGGCGAUCAACAGAAGAACAAAGGUCCGCCGCGGACGACCGAUCGAAAUGCGGAGAGACCGCCUCCGCGUCGCCGCGAAGAGCGCCCACAGAACGGAGCCGUCGAAGGCAAAGAGGGCGCUCGGCCCCCCCGCCGCGAGUUCGGUGAUAGAAGGCCUAACUUCGAACGACGCAAUUUCAACGACAACCCCGAAGGAGGCGAGCGCAGGGGCCCCAGGCCUCCGCGCGAGCCGCGCGACGGUCAGCGCGGUCCCAGGCCGGGCUACGACGGCCGAGGGAAGAGGGAGUUCGACAGGAGGUCCGGCUCGGACAAGACUGGCGUGAAGCCCGUGGACAAACGCGAAGGGGCCGGUCCCCACAACUGGGGCACGCUCAAGGACGACUUGGACGAAAUGAACAAAACAGGUUCCGAGGGUGAGGCGCCCGAGGAGAAGCCUGUGGACGCGGCGGCGGCCGGCGACGGGCCGCAGCCCGAGCCCGAGCGCGCGCCGCCCGCUGAAGAGGAGCCCCGCGAGCUCACGCUGGACGAGUACAAGGCGCUCCGCAACGCGCAGCGCACGGCGCCGCAGUACAACCUGCGCAAGGCCGGCGAGGGCGAGGACCUCAGCCAGUGGAAGAACCUCGUGCAGAUGGAGAAGAAGAAGGAGGGCGAGCACGACUCCGACGAGGACGACGAGUACGACAUCGCUGACUACCCGCAGCGCGUGGGCCGCCAGAAGCGCGUGCUGGGCAUCGAGUUCACGUUCAACGACACGGCGCGGCGCGGCGGCGGCGCCGGCCGGGGCCGCGGGGGCCGCGGGCGCGGGCGCGGCGCGCGGGGAGUGCCGCGCGAGCCCGAGCCGCAGCCCGAGGAGCGGCCGGCCGCGCGCAGCCAGGUCGCUCCGCCCAAGGUGGACGACAGCAAGGAUUUCCCCUCUCUCGGCUAGGCUCGGCGAGUCUCCGUUGUUCUCCCCUUUCGAAAGUACGAUAGAGAUACAGAUUAAAAUUGUAUGUACCGUUAUUUUUGAAGUAAAUAUACAAAAUAUUUACAGAGAUGUGUAUUAUAUUGCAUUGGGUCAGUCACUGUCUCGUGUCCGCAGUGGGAACCUGCCGAAGUGUUGUGCCGGUGUGGCCAGUGGCCGAGCACAGCUCGGUGUAAGGGAGGGGAAGGACUCAUUUUAUUUUGCAUACACAAUAGCAACAGUAACGCAUAUAUGAAUCUAUCAUAACAGUAGCUUUUAUUGUAAUCACAUGGGCUUACAUUUUCCUUUGAUGAGUUUGAAUAUCUGAUAAGUUUUAAAGUUGUGGACUUGUGACACAUAAUAAAUUAACUCUGUCACAACUUAGCUUAGAGUAUUGUGGAAUAACCUGUUGCAUUUUGUAUCACUGUUAGUGUUGACAGAUGCAGACUUUACACUGUAAAUAGUUUUAUAAAUGUUUAAAAGAUAAGGUCUUUAAUAACAAGGUUGAUUUUUGUUGUUACACAAACUUCUUGAAAAAUAAACAUUUUGUAUGUGUGAA